UCAGCUUCCAGAUCUUUUUGAUUCACCUAGGCUUGGUCCAAUUCAUCAUUUAGUAGCCAGGUAGCAAAAAUGAAAACUCCCAAUACGAUUUUGAUGACCACAAUCUUGAGUGGAUUCAUCUAUUUCACAGCACAUGGAGCUCCUACGACGUUUGGGUUCAAAAAGGUGGACAUCCCACAAUGGGCAUGGUAUCAAUCACUCCUGGACGAGCAAUUCCUUGAUGAUGAUAUGGCCCGUUUUGGCGGGCCGAUAAGCCAUCAUGCCGCUCCAGCCUCACAUACCAACUUCCCUACCUGGGGUCUCGUAUUCGCCAAUGGCAACCAACCGAAUAAGGUGUACAUCACCAACCAGGGGCGUGGACCCUUACAAUACUUACUCAGACGAACAGGAACUCAGCAUUACUUGGACCAUACAAUCCAACCCCACCACCAGCACGUCGUUCAUGGACCUGCCGUGACUAUACUCUGUAUUAAGCAUCCGUAG